AUGGCUCUUCGCCAACCAACCCGCGCUCCUCUUCGCCAUGUCCCGGUCAGUACUGCUCCGCAGCCGACAGAGUCUGCGGCCAUCGCGCCCGAUCCUCAGCAGCAGAGGCUUCUCGAUACGCAAGAAUGGGUCGUGUUUUCUCCAUCUCUUGCACCGUCAGAGCGAACCGCCACCGUCUUAUCGGAUCAGACCCACCCGACUGGUGUUCAUUCGCGCUUGAGUGAUUUUGGCUCUCUAGGAGCAACAGCCCAGUCGGAAGAAGGAAUUGAGAACGAUAUCUCUUCCGUGGCUGUUGAAUCCGAAGUGGGAGGCGCUAUAGGAGAGCUAGAAGAUGAACAAGAUGCCGACGACCUCGAUAGCUUGGACGAUGGACUGCAUGACUUUCGGGAGCCAUCCGUGUAUCGCUCGCCGUCACACAGGCUGGGAGAUGGCGGCGAUACUGUACUACCCACUCAUGAUGGUUUGGGAAUGUUUCCCGCCAGUGGGCCCGCGGUUCAAGCACAGCUUUGGCGGUUUGAGCAAUCGAAUACAAACGCGCCCUUUGCCCGCCAAAGGCGAGCGUCUAGUGUACAGCGACGGUUGGAUGCGGCUGAGGAAGAAUCAGAGGCAGCUGCGCGGAUCAAGGAAAAGACGGAGCGCAUUGAACGGUGGCGAUUAGAACAGAGCAUGGCGCUGCUCGAGGAGAUUGAAAAGGAAACCAGACGAAGACGGAGAAGAAGGCUGAGCAGGGCAAGCGAAGGACAACAAAGGGUGCCAAGUGCAAGUCUGGCCGCCGAAGAGAGCGACAUGCUCGAAACUGAUGAUUUGCACGCUGACCUGGGUGAUGCUCGGGACGACUCGGAGGACUCCUCUGAAGAGGAAUCGCUAUGGCAACGCAUUACUCGGCAUUUCCUUCGUGAUCUCAUGAGAAUUGACGAGAAUAUACUGAGCGUGAUUUUCGGCGAAGAGCUGCCAGCAGAAGCUAGAGAAUCAGACUCUUCAUCAGCGGACAUUCAUACGGAAAUGCAAAAGAUAUUACAAGAAGAAGGGCCAGCCUCGGAGUCAUCAGCUCUCUGGGAAGAGCGAUUACUUGCCCGUAUUGCUCGGGAACUGGGGCUGCUUGUUCACCAGCUCUCGGAUCACCCAGGUGCAUUUUCAACCUAUCUGCGAACACACCAGGCUCCAUCGUAUGCUGGUCUCACGCAGGACGCUGAAUAUCAAGACCAACAUCAGGAAUCAUCCAUUCCAGCGAGCCAGGCGUCAGUGGCUACUCUGGAACCCGCAGCCUCCUCUACCAAAGACCCCCAAUUCACUCCAACACUCCAGCAGCAGCCGCAGCCGCCACAUACAUCUUACGCCUCACGAUGGGGAAUUGACGAUGACGACUACGAGUCCCUACUCGACCACCGUUCCACCUCGGAGCUCAUGGUUGACGAGAAUGAAAACGAAGCGCAUCAGCUCCAGCAGGAGCGCGAAUACUGGGAGCGUGACCUCGAUAUCAAAAUGGUCUUUUCCUUUCUCCGGAACCGCUUCUCCAAAUCUCCUCGCCCAGCAUCAGCCGCCGGAGAACAACCCCCUCUAGACUCUUCUGUACCGACUGCCCGCCGAUCUGGCCGACCUACAUUUACGUCCCCUCCUAUGAACCCCUCUGCCACUGCUUCCAACCCUAGGUCUCGUCCUCCUUUCCGCGGAGCAGCGUCUUCCUCUUCUCCUCCUAAUGCCCAUGUUUCCUCAGCGGCUGCUCGUCGAGCCGCCAUGAUCCGACAGCAGCACCCGCUCGUCUCGUUACGCAACGCCCAACACCAUCACCAUCAUCAUCACCAUCUUCACCACUCUGAAGCCAGUCUUGCCGGCUUACGACGAUCGGUCGCCACUUCACGCCUCCCGCUCUCUCACCACCAGCUCAAGCGUCGCGGGAGCGGCAGCUGCGCGAGCCAAAGUACCAAAGCCUCGCGUACGGCUAAGAGCGGCAGUAGUCGCAAUUACUGGGACCUCGGAGGCAGCGUCGGCAGCGGCAGCCUCACCACUGGCGGACUCGGUGCCUGGGGGGAGGUCUAA